AACUGCUUUCCACCAUGUCAGGGGCCCCGAAAUAGAACUAUGCUUUGGAGGCGAUGGAAGUGAUCCCGUAGCGGAGAAUGACUGGUCCUUGUUACCGUUUAUGGCCUUAUCUGAUGGAGCGCACAUGUACGAUCCGAACCAGCCCGCCCCUCCUCGUGAUCGAUGGAAGUUGACACAGACUGUACCUUCUCUAGGUCUACCGAGGAAUUCUCCUACUUCACUGUGCGGCGAAAGGAGACUGCCACCGAACCCGCAACGUCACUUUUCGGUAUUUCUUGUUCCAGACAAAUCGACGCCAACCUUCUUGUAUACCGGCCUCCGGAUGUCACAAGAUCUACGGUACAAAAGGCAGUGGUUGUGGUAACGGACAGCCCUCGAAGCCUGGGACAGCUGAGAGAAAAAUUGUCGGUUGUGACAUCGGCUUGGUUUGCGCAGCGGGACUUUUCGGACGUCGAUAUUUUAAAGAAAUUUAGAGAAGGCCUAGUUAUCAGUCUGAAGAAGGAUGAGGGGUCGAAAGAUCAGAAUCUAGGGCUUUCCCUACGGGAGAUGAUCCAUGAAUUCAAAUAUCAAACGCUAGUCCUGUUCAAAGCUUUACUUUUACAGCCUAAGAUGCUUUUCUUCGGCUCCAGAUGCGAGCGCCUAUGCAUGAUCCAGUUCUCCCUGGUCUCUCUGAUCCCGGGACUUAUGAAUAAACUACAGGACUGUGCCGACCCAGCAUUCGACAGCUAUGCACAGACUGUGGAGCAACCGACUUCUUUAAAAACAAGUGAUAGGAAUUCUUUGUUGGCUUAUAUGGGCUUACCCCUGCAGAUUUUCGGCAAGGGAAGCAUGUUUGGGCCUUACACCCCUUUGCAGCAGCUGGAUCUGCUGGCAGAUUAUGGAACAAAGUCGUAUGUUGUCGGCUCGACAAAUUCGUUGCUCUUGCAACAAAAGGAUCGCUAUAGCGACAUUCUUGUUAAUCUUGACGAAGACACCAUUAAUAUCUCAUCCCCUACCCUCCGGGGUGCUCUGGCUCUUUCUGUCGCAGAUAGGCGCUGGAUCGACCUUCUCACCCAAAUCAUCAACGAUACAUGGGAUGAGGCGCAUCCGCAGCAGCCUAAGACCCAUGGAUACAUGGGAUCGGAAGAAUUCAUCCGACUCCAGUUCGAAGAAUACCUCCUGGCUCUGCUUGCUUGCAUGCAAUAUCACGAAGAGCUCAACUCCUUCAACGCUGACGAAUUAGGCCGGAGGAGCCGUGCGCAUCUGGAAGCGUUUAACAUUGAAGGGGAUCCCGCAUUGGAUUUCAAUACGGAAUUCCUGGCGCAAUGGAGGAAUACGCCUAAUUAUUCCCUCUUCAAACGCCUGACCUCUGAUGCACUUCUUUUCUCGAUCGUCGAGCCUCGCCAUCCAUGCGCAGGAGGGCUCACUAUCGACGAUGUCCAACGACGGCUGUCUCAACAAGUCGCGGAACUUCACUUGGAUGAAAGGGUUCGCGAAAGUCGCGAGGCCCUGAAUCGGCAUAUUUCCACCGGACAAAAGAAAGUGAGUGCAGCUUUCAACAGCUUCUGGGCCGAUAUCGAGUCAAUGCGGGAGGCUCAGCGUAAGAAGAACGAAGAGAAAACCUCCCACUCGCAGCGAUCAUCAUUGGAUAAAGGAUCUCGAAAUUCACCACCGUUUUCACCUUCGGAUACAGCAUCUAUAAACUCAGUCGGAAGCUCUUCUUGGUUCUCUGGGCGCAAAGCGCCUGCUGUGGAUAUUACUCAGGCACAGGCGUCCGUGAGCGCGGCGAGCCAGAAAGCAGGUGCAUAUUUUAGCUCAUGGGGUUCUUGGGCAAGUGAAAAGCGAAAGGAAUGGCAAGAGAAGAGGACCACACCGGCAUCGCCGCCUUCCGUCGCUUCGCCAUCCGCCCCGGUCUUGGCGGAGACCGGCGAGACGGACAGAGGAAGACGGCGCUCCAUGCAGUCUCGUCGUAGUGAAGACUCCACGACCGUCUCCCGCAGUGGAAGCAGGAGAAAGCGGUGGAGCAACAUACUCUUGCGGCGAGAAAGCGGCGAAUUUAGCUCUGCCUACCGAAAAGACGACGAAAACAGCAACAAUGGUGAACAAGAUAAUUUGUACUCGAGAUCGCCCCUGUCACGCACGUCCUCGGUUCGUGAUGACGAUGAUGCCUCAGUAUCAACUCAACAAGCUAGCGAGCCAAUCAAUCAUUCCGAAGCCGAAGCCAACAAGCCAGCAACUACACCAGCAGAGAGUUCUAAGCUCUCAGCUCCUGGAGGACCCGAGAUUUCCCACACAAAUACAGAGGAAGAUCAAGCCCAGAAUAACCCCUUACAAUUAUCUCCUGAUAUCAAGCAAGUGCUCCCAGAACCGAUCGAGCCGCAUACGGAGAAAUAAACCAAAUCCAUAUUACUCCCAUGACAUUUCAAUCACCGAGAUCGGUUCGUCUAUCGUCUUCUUAGGCGCGUGAUUAUAUAGGAACAGAUCUUUUUCAACCUUGACAGCAACCAUGCCUACCUAUAUGAUGCCAUCUA